GAGUCCAUGGAACGUAAAUGGUUAAGAAGCAAGAAUUUUCCCAAAUUGAAAGACUAUCAGGAGACUAUGUUGAAGUCCAUUCAGUAUCAAAUGCUAGAUUCAAUUCAGCCAAUGCUGCAUGCCUGGAACCAGUUGAGGACUGACGAUCCGUUGUUUAGUAGUUUAGAGUCUUCUCUCCGUCUGUUGGGCUUUGCUUUUGCCAACGUUUCCAAGUUGCGACGUGAAAAUGUAAUUCGUCACGUGGCUACUUCCAUGAAUCCUUUGCUGAAAGACCCAAGGGCUUUCUCUUCUCGCGAGUUUGAGCGUUUGUUUGGCUCUAAGUUUAUUGACGUCAUGGUGAAAGAAGUGGAUGAUGACGCUAAGUUGGCAAAAAUCGGACGCGAUGGUGGUUCCUCUUCCAGCCAGAGUCGUGGCAAUUUCAAUCGGCGCAAUGGCGACCGCAAUCAGAACUCGCACGACGGCCGUAAUAACCAAAUUGGUGGUUUCAGCAACAGAGGAAAAGGCGAAAAAAACGACAAGGGAUCUCCUUUCUUGAAGCAGCCGCUCCAGGGUGCCAUUAACAAGUAUGUAGAUUCUUUCCCCUUUCUCUCUUCCUCGGAUUUUCCUGUUGGGCCUCCCGUUCGGUCUAAUAAUGUAGGCAGUCGUUUGAGCAAUUUUGCAAACAAAUGGCAUUUCUUUUCUAACGAUCAAUGGAUCUUAUCUACAGUCGUUCAUGGUUAUUCCAUUGACUUUAUCGUCCAGUAUUCAACUCCAUCAGGUUGUAUUAUGUCUGAAGACAUAAAAACCAUUUGCGUUCAGGAAGUUAAUACCUUACUGGAGAAAGCUCCCCGAGUUUUUACAAAACUUUUAAAACCUGUUGUGGUAUUUUUACGUGGGCGUGGCAUCCGGUUAAUAAUCUAUCUCGAUGAUUUGCUUAUUCUGAACCAGUCUCAUGAUGAUUCUUCCCUUCACGGUUGGGGUGCAAUUUGUGACGGCUCUCGUUCUCGGGGACCUUGGACGGCUGCUGACAAACAUCGCCAUAUUAACGAACUAGAGCUUUUGGCCGCAUAUUUUUCGUUGCAAGCACGAGAAAUUGAGGACGGCGCUCGACUCCAGCGAUUGGAUGCUUCUGCAAGACAAGUUCAAACAGCUGUCGCAAAUUUGGCCGGUACAAAUCGACCUUUUUGCGUCGGCUUGGAACGCCAGGCUCCCCAAAUUCGUGAGUUGGAAAAUUAUGAUUUCUAG